UGUGUGUGUGAGACAAGUUGCGCUGGCGAUGUCUGGAUCUUACUGCAAAAGUUUAUACCCGUUCGGGGGAGAGCAGCACCAGCAGGGACUGAGCUUCGAAGUUGGGGAGAUUAUUAAGGUGGUGCAGCCUCUCCCUGGAGGCUGGUGGGAGGGAGAGAAGGAUGGAGUCAGAGGAUGGUUUCCCUCAAGCUACGUCCAGGUCCUGGAGAGGACAGCAUCACUGAGUCAGCUCCCUAUGGAGGACCUCAGAGACCCCCUGCCUCCUCACUGGAGAUGCUACAUGUCACCACAAGGGCGGCGAUACUACGUCAAUACUGCAAGCAAUGAGACAACAUGGGAGAGACCGUCCAGUGCACCUGGUACCCCCAAAACCUCCAUCCGACACAAGAACUCCCUGCCAGCAGUUAAUGGAUUUCACUCAGGUGGUAGUCCCUUGCAUCAUUUGGAGCAUCCGCACAACAAUCUGGUCAGGAAGAGCAGUACAGAGCCACAGAGCCCAGGAUCAACGUCGCCCACCAGGAAACAGAAGGAGACCACGGUUACGAUUAACUGUGUGACGUUCCCAUCGCCUUUGUGCAUGCCGGAGCAACAGCUGCUGAAACCAGACGAAUGGAGUUACUGUGACUAUUUCUGGACCGAUAAGAAGGAUCCCCAGGGCAACGGCUACAUCACAGGAUUUGAGGUUUUGCUGCAGAAACAGCUAAAGGGGAAACAGAUGCAGAAAGAGAUGGCCGAGUUCAUUCGAGAGAGGAUAAAGAUAGAAGAGGAGUACGCCAAGAAUCUCUCCAAGCUUUCCCAGAUCCCUCUAGCCAACCAGGAAGAAGGGACUCUAGGGGAAGCCUGGGCCCAACUGAAGAAGAGUCUGACUGACGAAGCUGAGGUUCACCUCAAGUUCUCCUCAAAACUCCAGAGUGAAGUGGAGAAGCCUUUUCUGACCUUCAGGGAGAACUUUAAGAAGGACAUGAAGAGGUUUGACCAUCACAUCGCUGACUUGCGGAAGCAGCUGGUUGGACGCUAUGCAGCAGUGGAAAAGGCCCGUAAGGCUCUAGCUGACAGACAGAAGGAGUUGGAGUUGAAGACUCAGCAGUUGGAGAUCAAACUCAGCAACAAGAUUGAAGAAGACAUCAAGAAGGCCCGCAGGAAAUCUACGCAAGCAGGAGAUGAUCUGAUGCGCUGUGUCGACCUUUACAACCAGUGCCAGUCCAAGUGGUUUGAGGAGAUGGUCACCACGAGCCUGGAACUGGAGCGGCUGGAGGUGGAGCGGGUGGAGAUGAUCAGACAGCACCUGUGUCAGUACACCACCCUUCGACAUGAGACAGAUAUGUUCAACCAAAGUACGAUGGAGCCGGUGGACCAGCUCCUCCAGUGUGUGGACCCAUCCAAAGACAGAGAGCUGUGGGUGCGGGAGAAUAAGACUGGAGACAUCAGGCCAGUGGACAUAGAGAUUUAACCACAGUGCUGUCCGCCAGCUCUGCUUAUGCACACUUUAACCUCCCCCCUCCCCGAGCUCACAGACGGACACACUGAUCCAGAGGCAAUGCGCCUAAAGACUGAGUGGGAAAUUGAAUGUGUGUUGGGAUCAUCUCUCGCCCGCUGAUCCAUGUGUGACUCCUAACAGACUGAAGGGGUGAUCAGUCAGUGCUCACUGGCUCUUAACAUCCCAACGACAAAUCUGCUGAGGAUGAUGAUGUCAGUGUUUGGGGAGUUUUGUGAUGACCCCAACAGAUGAGUGAAGAUGUCAGGUAGUGGCGGGUCUUGGUGUUCUGGUAUGCAAGCUGGUGCUCAGCUAAACAGCACAGGAGAAUGAGAGUGUGAAUUCUGUUGAAAAAAGGAUACUCAGGUGAGGCAAAUGAUGAAGAAGCAUCUACAAUGAACAUUUAACAUCUGUAAAUGUUGAAUAGCUUUAUGUCGUGCAGCAGUAUGCUGCUGUUUUAUGUGCUUUUGCUCUGUGAGGUCAUUCUCGGAAUCACGUGUGUUGAUGCACACGUGAUUUCAGAACUGCGAGUUGUUGGCAAAAAUGAUUUAAUGAAAGCUGCUAGGCAAAAUGCAUUCUGACCUAAGAGUGUUAUAUUACUGAGUACCAGAAUAAGGCUAAAGUAUUGUAAUAUUGAUAUCUAUAUUGACCCUUUGCAAAGCUCCGCCCCACCUUAGUUACUGUAGCUACACAUGUAAAACCUACAUAUUAGGUGGGCACAUAUGCAGUUUACAGUUAUAAUAGUGGUAGAUUUAUCAUCAAAAUUCCUAAUAU